UUGAGCGGCCUUGUGCAGCUUCUCUGUGAGUCUCUUUUCACAUCCGAAUCCAGAACACAGUGAUAUUAAACAGAGAUUCCAGAUGGAAGAGGCAGAUAAAGUUUCCUCCACUUCAGCUGGUGAGAGUCCUGUUGAGCAGCUCGCGACCGUCCAUCAAACACAAUCAGAGGACGCGAGGGAAAACAUGCCGCACGCGGAGGAUUUACAUCAGAUGAUAAAAGAGGACAACACAAACACUGCUUCACAGAUGUCUGAGGAAAACAUCACUUCUUCACCCGCCACUGAAGAACCCAUUAAUACAACUGAAAUCAUUGAAGUCUCCAUCAGUCCAGAAGAAACAUGUCAGAGAUCUGAGGAAACUAUCAGCCCACAGUCAGCAGGAGAAAUGUUCACUCCAGAGAGAGCAGAAGUCACAUCAUCUACAGAGGGAACUGAAGCAACAUCAUCUGUACAGAUACAUGAAGAAAGCAUUUUAACUCCCCAGGGAUCUAAAGUAACAUCUACUGAGAUACCAGAGAAGAGUUCAGCAGCAGAUAUUUCAGAUGUCAAUAAUAUCAAACCACAUGCAGCAGAAGUGUGUGUUGCUCCUCCAGCAGCAGCAGAAGUGUGUGUUGCUCCUCCAGCAGCAGCAGAAGUGUGUGUUGCUCCUCCAGCAGCAGCAGAAGUGUGUGUUGCUCCUCCAGCAGCAGCAGAAGUGUGUGUUGCUCCUCCAGCAGCAGCAGAAGUGUGUGUUGCUCCUCCAGCAGCAGCAGAAGUGUGUGUUGCUCCUCCAGCAGCAGCAGAAGUGUGUGUUACUCCUCCAGCAGCAGCAGAAGUGUGUGUUGCUCCUCCAGCAGCAGCAGAAGUGUGUGUUACUCCUCCAGCAGCAGCAGAAGUGUGUGUUGCUCCUCCAGCAGCAGCAGAAGUGUGUGUUGCUCCUCCAGCAGCAGCAGCAGAAGUGUGUGUUGCUCCUCCAGCAGCAGCAGCAGAAGUGUGUGUUGCUCCUCCAGCAGCAGCAGAAGUGUGUGUUGCUCCUCCAGCAGCAGCAGAAGUGUGUGUUACUCCUCCAGCAGCAGCAGCAGAAGUGUGUGUUACUCCUCCAGCAGCAGCAGAAGUGUGUGUUGCUCCUCCAGCAGCAGCAGCAGAAGUGUGUGUUACUCCUCCAGCAGCAGCAGCAGAAGUGUGUGUUGCUCCUCCAGCAGCAGCAGCAGAAGUGUGUGUUACUCCUCCAGCAGCAGCAGCAGAAGUGUGUGUUACUCCUCCAGCAGCAGCAGCAGAAGUGUGUGUUGCUCCUCCAGCAGCAGCAGCAGAAGUGUGUGUUGCUCCUCCAGCAGCAGCAGAAGUGUGUGUUACUCCUCCAGCAGCAGCAGAAGUGUGUGUUGCUCCUCCAGCAGCAGCAGCAGAAGUGUGUGUUGCUCCUCCAGCAGCAGCAGCAGAAGUGUGUGUUGCUCCUCCAGCAGCAGCAGCAGAAGUGUGUGUUGCUCCUCCAGCAGCAGCAGUAGUGUGUGUUGCUGCAGUGCAGAUGAGCAGCUCGACUAAGAUUCAGACGCUUCACACAGACACAGAGAAGAGCAGCGAUCUCUCAUCUGAAGACAUUCAGAAACAUUCACACACUCUUCAUCCGUCAUCUUAUGAACCCACUCCCGCCGCUCCUGCUCUCUUUCAGUCGCCGCUUUCAUCAGACCUCAAGCAUUCUCCACCCGUAUCUUCACAGACCAGCGCUUGUCCUACUAUGGAUUCAUUCAGCAAGGAUGCCGCAGGAUUUGACCGAAAUGUGCUGAACCAGUCAGAUGAUGACUUAAUUUUUGAAAUUAAAAAGAGUCCUUUUCAGGCAUUUUCACCUGUUAAUGAUGCCAGCGACAGCCUCGAAGACACAACAGCUGCCAGAAGGUCUGUGGAGGUGUCGGAGAGUCCAUCUCCAGACCUGGUUCAGGAUGCCUAUGAUGGAGAUGAAGAUAAAAUGGAGCCCCAGGAAAUUCAACAGGAUUUCAUUUCUGACACAGUAGUUUCCUAUUCAUAUGUGCAGCAACUUGCUUUAUCUGACCUUUUUUCAAAUGUGAACAAAGAGUCUGACGACCGGCCGAUGUCUCUCCCAGAUAUCCUGAAAUCUUCACCGCUUAACCCUGACAAGAUGGACUCGGGGUCUUCAGAAGGAAGUCCUGAUUUUAGCCCUGUUCACAGAAGUAAGAAUGAAUCCCCAAAUUUCCCAAUAUCUGUGCCUGCAACCAAUCUCUUUGGAUUUGACUCCAAGAUUUUGCUGCUGAAGGAGAUGGCUGAGGAGACGGAGGCAAAAACUGAGGAAAAUGCGAAGCUGGAAGUGGAGAAGAUUUCAGAGCAAAGUUUUGUUGCCUUUGAUCUUGUUAAAGGGACUGAUGUGCCUCCAAAAAGUGAUGAUGAAGGCCUAAUGAAGGACAAAGAUGAUUCUGACAUGUCAAGCCAGACUUCUGUUCAAACAGUGGACAAAUUUGAAUGUCUUAACUUUCCAACCAGAAAGGCUCAAGAAUUCUCUGAUUCUGAGAGUCCUUCUGCAGAUUUGUUCUCUCCAGUGCUUGAUGCAGUGGCAAAAAAUUCUUCACGUUUCCCCGUAGAGCAUGAAAACCGUUGUGUCAAGGAGGAGAAUGAAGCCAGUGAUGAGGUGUCAGAGCAGGAGGUCUCAUCUGAAGAGUUUGAGUUUGUGGAGAGGCCACCACAAGGCACGGCUGAUGAGUUGCUGGAAAUGCAGGAGAGUUCAGCAUUCAUGAAGCCAUCAGAAAUGCUGACAGAGGAAGACUGGUCACCAAAAGUGGAUCCUCAGGUUACAUAUCAAAUGCCUGCAGCUCAAGAUGCAAACUGUCAAAGCGCAGACCACCUUCUCACUGAGCUGUCAGACAAAUCCUCUGCUGGGAGUGGAAAGGCCGGCCUGGAAUUGGAUUUCCCAGAAAUGUCUUCAGCUCCUCUAAUCCAUUCUCCUGCUGACACAACUGGGGUUGAGAAGAAGGAAGCCAGAGUCAGCAACAUAUCCAAUCUGAGAGCCGCAGCAGUUCUGGAGCUGGUGCGCUGGCGUGACGUGAGGUCGAGUGCUGUGGUGUUCGGCAGCUGUCUCGUGCUCCUCCUGUCUCUCAGCGUGUUCAGCAUCAUCAGUGUGCUGUCAUACCUGUCGCUGGCACUGCUGUCCAUCACCACGUCCUUCAGGAUCUAUAAGGGAGUCCUGCAGGCCAUCCAGAAAUCUGAGGAAGGACAUCCGUUCAAACAGUACCUGGAGCAGGAUGUGUCUCUGUCAAACGAUCUGGUGCAGAAGUACAGUGACGUGACUCUGAGUCGAAUCAACAGUGUAAUGAAGGAGCUGCGCCGUCUGUUCCUGGUGGAGGAUCUGGUGGACUCUCUUAAGUUUGCGUUGCUCUUGUGGAUCAUCACAUAUGUUGGUGCCUUGUUUAAUGGACUCACUCUUCUCAUUCUCGGUCUGCUUGGAGCCUUCAGCUGCCCAAUAAUAUAUGAGAAACAUCAGACACAGAUUGAUCAUUACCUGUCCAUGGUGAAGAACCUGCUGAAGGAUGUCUUGAGGAAGAUUCAAGCUACAGUUCCUGGGAUGAAGAAGUCUGAGUGAUGGCAGCAGAGCUGCGAAGAGUUUGCUGUCAUGUUCUUCCGCUCUGUAUAUUUCUUCAUUCUUUAGCUUGUUCUUAUGACCGCACUAUUUUGAAGUAGUGCCGGUCGAUACUGAUCGUGAAACACAUAUCUGACCUGAUGCAGCCAAUAAAGAAAUCUCACCUUGUUUUUCUUUGAAAUACACUAUGAAUAUGUCUACAUUUUAAUGAGGAAAGUUGUAUGUACCAUUAUUUGCUAUUUGUGGUAUUUUAGCUCAUAUGAUUUUACUGUUCAUACGAUUGACUGUAGACUUUUCUUCUUACUCUAUCAUCUGUACUAGACUAGAGUAGGCAUGAAGAGUUCAUUUCACCUCUCUGCAGGAACAUUUCUGGAUGAACACGUUUACACGCAGCUUAACUUAAAAGAAGUUAUUCUAUUUAAAUGUAUUUAUCUGUGGACCCAAACGAUCAUCACAGGAGAACAGAUCAGUGUUUGUUGUGAAUGAUGCUCAUGCGGUUCUUCUGAACUCUGUGGAAUGCAUUGUGACAUGUAAACGAUUACCAAUAAAGCUUCUAGAUGAAUGAUA